AUGUUCUUACCCCUAGCACAGGCCGUAGACCGUGUUCUCAAGGAAUCUGGAGUCUCUGAGCAGAUCUUGUAUAACCGAGCAAAGGGACUCCUCCUGAUUGGUGCUAUCUUCAAGCAGACCGUCCCCGACGAGACUGACGAGGAGCGACGUGAACUCGAGAGAAUGGUCGCGGAGGCCGCGUCGGGCAAGUCUAAGCACCACCAGCUCCGCGCCGAGAAGCGUGCGAAGAAGCACGAAUCCGCCGCGACCCCCACAACCAGCACGAGCGCCCCAGAGAAGCCCGCCCCCGACGCCGCGAAGGCGGAGAAGGCGCCGCCUGCGUCCUCCGCAUGA